AUGGAUCCUGUCACGGCUGCCGGUCUGGCCAUAGGUGUCGCGGGCGUUGGUUUUCAGGUCUACACUGGCUGCGUGCAAGCUAUACAAUUGCUGAUAACGGCAAAGAACUUCCCAGAUGAGUUCAAAUACCUCAAUCUCCGCCUGCGCAUGGAGCAGCAACGAUUGUUCGCCUGGAGUGAAACAUCGGGCCUCGCCGACGUAGAUAGCAAGAACCAGCAGAAGAUAUUGAAAACCAACACCUUUUUUCUCCAUCGCACCACCGUCUUGGAUCUGCUCGUCCAAGUGCAGUGUCUUUUCAAGGAAUUUCAAGACGAACAAAAGCGGUACCAGAGAAUUUUGGUGAUUCCUGAUUCCGCCGAGUCGCUCGAGACGCCAGAAAAAGAUGCAUCUGACGCCAACUUUCCUCUGCCGCAGCGACGGCGGGACUUUAUCCAAAAGGCCAUGUCCAAGCUCAAGAACCUGUCAACAGAAGGUGCGCUGCGUCUGAGAUGGGCAUCUUUUGACCGGGACGGCUUUGAAAGGCUGCUUUCUAAAUUCGCAGUGCUCAACGAUAACAUGACUGAUAUACUUGAUGCUCGCCUUCAGGUUGAGAUUCACCACACUGUUCAAGAUACAAACAGGGGUAUGCUGCAACUGCACCACAAGAUUGCUGAUCUAUCACGCUUGGUCAUGGCCUUGAACCUAAAGUUGGAACCGCCCGCACAGCAGGCACAGUCACCCAAGUCAGAUUCGCAGAGAGAAGUGAGAGCAAAAGAAGCAUCGGGCCUGCUGCUCCUAUCUCAAUUGGCCAAAUUCAAGGCCUUCAAUGAAUCAAUCGAGUCUGGAAGAAAUAAUGCACUGGAUGAAAAGACAACAUCGCAGCUUGAGCUUGGUCGUCCACAGGAGCAAGAAAAAUUGAAGCUGGAUUCCGCAAUGAUCGAGCUCAAACAACAAGGAGCUAGCGGGUCCCAGCGUUGCGAGGCAAUAUUCAAAGCACCAGAUGGGAAAAGAAAGAAUAUAUGGAUCGAAUGGAAGGAGUUUGAUGGGCAUAUAUCGAGCGACUCCGUGCCGGCCAAACAAGUCAUUGUCGAUCGCGUCAGAAAGCUGGCUGCCCUUUUGAACCAUAGUCCCAAGCCCGAGGCAUUUCGAACCCCUCAUUGUCUUGGUUAUUUCGACCAGGAAGAGAAUGACGAUGACAGCAGCGACGAGGAAGGAUGCUCACGGCUCGGUCUAGUUUUCGAGCGGCCAGAAGAUGCAUCGAUAGACAAGGAGUCGCCUGCCGUGAGCCUCAGAGAGCUUCUAGAGUGCGACUCCAAAGGUCACCCCAAACCGAGCUUGACGGCCAGGAGAGAUCUUGCUCUUGCUGUGAGCAAUUGUCUUUUGAGCCUCCAUUUGGCCAACUGGCUACACAAAUCUCUUCGAUCGGAUAAUGUCAUAUUCUUUCGCGAUAUCAAAGGUCAAAUUGAUUAUGCAAAACCUUACAUUUCUGGCUUUGACUUUUCGCGCCCAGCCAGAAAGGAUGAGCCCACGGAAAUUGCUAGUCAAGACGAUAUAAUGCACAACCUUUAUCGCUACCCAUCUAUACAAAGCAGUCAAUCAGCGCAGCGUCCACGUUUCAAGAAGAGCUUUGACAUGUACAGCCUGGGUGUAGUCCUCCAAGAGAUUGGCCACUGGGCUCCCGUUGAGGACAUUGUAAAGAUCAACAUUGAAAGGGCAUGGCGCCAGCCGUCCAUCAUUGAAGGUGUCCGAGACAUCCUUCUGGCCGAGAAGACUCGAGAGGAACUGAGAGGCAAUAUGGGGUCCGUCUAUGAGACGGCCAUUCGACGAUGCAUUGCGGGUGGGGAAUUCCUCAAGUUAAAGGACGGGGACGACGAGACAAAUGACAAGGUGGCUACAACACUGUCCAUGGCUUUUUAUGAAAAUGUUGUCAAAGAGCUGGAAAGGAUAAUCGUGUAG